AAUGUAUGCAAGGUUGGUGAUUUCGGUUGCAGCGAAAUAGUAGAGGACACUCCUGUCAGUCCAACUAGAUCAUACCUAACUGGCACAUUCGCUUACAGAGCACCUGAACUUCUCCGAGGACAAUCUGCCAGCUGCAAAGCUGAUAUCUACUCCAUGGGCAUCUGUCUGUGGCAAUUCUGGACGAGAGAUACACCGUAUAGUGGCAAAAAUCAACAUGUGGUGAUAUUUGGUGUGGUGUCAAAAGGUUUGAGGCCCAAACUUAGCGCCGAUAAUAUGCCUGAUAAUAAAUAUCAUGAACUCAUGACAAGUUGUUGGAGUGCACAACGUGACAACAGACCAUCCUCCAAAGAGUUGCUCGAUAUACUAGCUUGCUGGAAUGCCAAAACGUGAAUUAUCAAGUAGGUCGUUAAUUAAUGGAAUUAUCAUGAUAGUGAAUGCCUUUUGUUUUUUAUUCGUCUGUUUGGAGUUGGUGUUUUUUGCUUUUAUGUUUGAUGUUUACUUGUCUGUAAUUUCCCUUGUUGUUUGUUAUUUCGUAUUCAGUAGUAAACUUGCUAGCGUUUCUUUGUUUUUUUUUCAUUUCUUCGUUCUUUUUUGUUUUUGUUUUUUUCAUUUUGUUUCUUGUUCUUUUGUUUAUUUGUUUAGUAUGUUUGCUUGCGUAUUUUUUUGUUUCCUGUUUGUUUUUAUUCAUGUUCGUUUGUUUCCAUGUUGGUUUAGUAAUUUUCAUGGUUGUUUUUUACUUUUCUUGUUGGUAACACUGAAUCAUUUGAAACACUUCCAUAUACUAUUCUUUCAGUUAAUUUUAUGAAAUUACCUGAAUACAGGUUAGAAAUUCAACUUCCAAAGUUUUUCAUACUUAUUUUACACGGACUUGGGUCAUUCGCAGCAUUUCGAAUGUUACUUGCAAAAAUUGGCGCGACAAUUUGUUGUUGUUCUCAAUUGGUAAGCCGCGCCUCCGCAGGAAAAAUCUGACGGUAAAAUUUGGCGCGCUUGCGGGCUAUCCAAGUCCGUCUCUCCAGUACUUUUCUCCCAUAUUUUCGCGCCUUUUUGACCGCUCGCGUGCAUCGCUAUUUUCAACCCCUUGAGAGACGGACUUGAACCAAGUCUAAUUUUACAUAUAUAUGGAAAUUCUCCCGAAAAUCUAGAAAACCAAAGGCAAAGUAUGGAAAUUGUUUAAAAUUUUCAAUGGAAUAUGCAGUUCAAUGGGAUGUUGCGAGACUUUCUACCCUGGAUUCCAGAGCCUUCGACAGUAAAUAAUAAAUUGAAGUGUCGCGAAGGCUCUGGUUCAACGGGGCGAUUCUUUGAUUAAGCCGCGCCAAUCACAAAACAGAAUUAGUGGUUUUAGUACAGAAUCUGUACUAAAACCACUAAUUCUGUUUUGUGAUUGGCGCGGCUUAAUCAAAGAAUCGCUCCGUUGAACCAGAGCCUUCGCGACACUUCAAUUUAUUAUUUACUGUCGAAGGCUCUGGAAUCCAGGGUAGAGACUUUCGGGACAGCGUUUUUUACGCUUUCCGGAAGUCGAGCAACAUCCCAAGUGCAUGGAUGACGCCAACCUCGUUCCCAGUGUCUCACCUCCGUCCUCGGGGCGUGGCGAAGGUGCGACCCUGCACAACAGGUGGGCAAUUUGUCUGAGCAUGCGCGAAGAAAAUCAAUAUGGCGACAUAUAUUAGGAGUGUUUCGUGAAUUUAUCUGGUUUUAAAGCUGAUAAAACAAUAUUUUAAUGAACGAAAACUUUGUAAUAUUUAGUGGAAAACUUUAAGCUAUGCAUUCCAAAGGUUUUAAAUUGAAAAUAAGUACUUUUGCUUUAUUUUAUCGCUUUUUAUGCUUUGAAAACAGGCAAGCUCAUUUUUUGGCAAAAAUGUAAUCUAAUAUUUUACCCAUCAUUUGUUUAAUCUGAACAUAAAUAGAUAGAACACUUGGCUAUAUAAGUUACAAAGGUAUUGUUAGCUUAUCUGAAAGAUUUCAGUAUCCCUGGUACACAUUUUAACAAAGAAUGAAAUGUAAUUUCAAAAAUUUAAUAUGCAUAUCACAAACAAUAGUUUUUAUUAGAACAACACAUAAUAAGUUGUUAUUUUCUAUUUUUACAAUAACAUGUUUGGAAACAGGAUUUAGUCCUCCAGCUUGAUGUCAUAUUCCAUUUAUUUGGAUAUUUCAAUAAAGGAAUGUGAAAUAAUAAUUUAAUCUUGUGCAAAAUUUGAUACCAACACACAUGUGAACAGAUACUAUCACCUAAAAAUAAAAGAAAACAGAACUUAAAUUUAUCAUCUAAUGCUAUGAAAAAAAUCUUAGAUACUACAGGCAUAUAGUGAGCACAAUUCUUUAACAAACUCACUAAAAUAAGUUAAGUUAUACUAUGAUAAGAGGAUGGCAAUAGAUAACAACAUCAAAUGUUGUCAUCUUCAGUGUCCAAAAAAAGUGCCGCGCGCAUUUUUUGUGGUCGCAUAACUGGUAUUGCCACAAACCCAGGUGAAAAAGCAAUUAGAAAAACCUGGUUUUGGGUGAUGAGCAUAGUCAAAUUCUUGACUUAUUCAAUUUUCUAUGUUUUUCCAGGUAAACAGAUUAAACAUUGAAAUAAGCCACAUUCGGGACCUCAUAGAAUCCAAACUAUUGUGUAUGGACCAGACUUUUUUCAAUUUUCUGUGAUUUACAUAACACUAGUUAUAAUUUAAGGGUCAACCAGUAUUGUUCAAGACAUAUUUUCCUUCCAGAACACCUUUUCAAAAUAUUAACCCAAACAUAUCAAAAAUAGUGUACAUUUACAAGGGCAAUUUCAACCCUCUGGCACAUUUUUCCCAUGAAUGAUUUCAAUUCUAAUAAAAAGACUAUAGAUAAAACUUUGAUUUAAAGCUAGUUUCAAGUGAUGAGCAUACCCUAAUUUUUAAGCUAUACCUCAAAGAAGAUGGGCCAUUUCAACAUAAACAUUGAAAUAUGGGUAUACUGACAGCUCUGUCACACGUGUAGUUUGACAUUAGCAGCCCUUCUGAAACAUUUUAAUGAAAGUACAAUUCACAAAAUUCACAUUUUCACUUACUUCUUAACAUCUGUUUUAAUCCAACUAGCUCUGUAGGCACGAGCGAAAUUUAGUGUUGAUGUAAAUAUCCAUUUAGUUCAUGUUUCCCCGGUGAAAAUAUAGUCUAUUCCAAAGCUGAUUUCGACGUACUUUAGCUUUUCAGAAACCGUUGGCCUUCCUCAGUGAGAUUAUCUACUGUUUCACAAAUAUAUUUGAUAGUAAACAGCUAAAAUAUUCUCCGAAAGUCUAUAUUUUAGCUCUUCGACGCGAAAAUGGCAACUCAAGAAGAAAUGAGCCGCUAUUUUUGGUCAGCGUCGACAAAUUGCCCACCUGUUACCCUGCACUAAAAAGGUUGGCAUGACGCUAUCCAGCACAAAAAACGAUUUGGUAAUUGUUUUAUAAAAAUAAUUAUGCAGUGAAACAACGGUUCACUUUAUUAAAACUUUAACUUUAUUUAAACGUUAUUUAAUUAAACGAUUUAGUUUAUUAACUUUAUUAUAGCUUUAUUAACGCUUUUGUUAACUUGUCUCACGUUUACGACUGUCACUUAGACGGAUAUUUGUAUAAUCUAAUUUCUACUGUAAUGCGUCUGUAAAGGUUAACGGGUGUUUGUGGGAGGGUGGUUAUUGUAUGUGGUACUAUGUACAUAUAACUGUACCAUUCGCAAAUCUAGUUUUUGGGGCCAAGUAUUAAUUUUCUUUCAUGCAUAUAAUCUAUUUUAUCUCAGGUGAUAACAGAGAAAGCAGACUACAGACAAACUGAGGAAGCUCAACCGUACGCCCAGCUCAGCGUCAGAAGCCAAGAGUGGCGAUUCACAAAUAUUCCAUCCCAUGGAAUCAAAACCAAAGAGAGUCACGAGAAUAAGAAGACCAGACCAACCACAAGAUCCACUUCAAAUUCAGCUUCAGUUAAAGUAUGGUGACAAAAUAAGGUAUAAUUCAUCGUUGUAAUUAUUUUGAAAAGUAAAUUGGAGAUCGAGCGCAGGAAGGCUGCUUUUAAAAACCACUCUAAAAAUGGCUUGUGCACAAAAGUGGAAGGUUUAAAACGUAGUUGUAUUCAUUCACAUGAAAUUUCUGGCAUCUAACAAAUCCUUCAAAAUAAGGUGCGCCCUCGAUCUUCCCAACGGGCAAAACGACGUUUAUUCAUCGUUGAAUCAACGUCGGAAAUUAAUAUCACAUCCCAGAGUUGGAUAGACGUUAAAAAAGGAUUGAAAAUGCAAAUUGGAUCGACGUUACUCUUUUGACGUUGAAACAACGUUGAGAUUAGGUUGCCAAUCUCGUCAACAAUAAUUCAACGUUGAAUCCGCGUUGAAAUAACGUUGAGAUUACAAGUUGACGUCGUAUUAUGAACCAUACUAGGGAGCUUAAGCAUGUAGGACGGCAACACGACGACGACGGCCAAAACAAAUUCCUUCAAAUAAAUUAUAGCAAAGAAAACUUGUCGUAUAUUAUAAUUCGUAUGAAUAGCUGAAGAAUAAUAUAUGUUAUAAGAAGCUGAAAACAUUGGCUUAUGUUUGGGAAGAGUUCUACUGACCGAAUUUUAAGUUGCACUUGUUGCGACUUGAAAUGCAGGCGUUGUAUAAACGACUUGAAAAUCUGUGAUUUACCGUUGUAAACAGAACGACAACCACGUCUGAAACUCCCCUGGGACUUCAAUUAUUUCUUUCUUUUCAUUGACUCGUUGUAUUGGUUGCCGUCGUCGUCAUGUUGCCGUCCUACAUGCUUAAGCUCCCUAAUGAAUAGACCGGCGUUGAUUAAUUCGACGUCUGUUAGCUGCUGUUGAACUAACGUUUGUAAAACAAUAUCGGAGCAACGUUGAUAUUAGGUUGUCGACGUCACAAGCUUUUUCUACCAAAUUUCAACGUUGAAAAUAACGUCAUGUUACUGACUAUUGUAAUUUUCUUUUACGUUUUUCUCGUGAUUAAUCAAAUUUUCGAUACUUUCUAGAGAGAAAAGUGGUCAACUGAAAGGAUGGCGUUUUUCUCGGUAGCCAAAACUGAAAAGCCGUACCGGCGAAAUCGUUCAAUGGUCAAAUGCCAAGAUUGA